UUUCCUUGUAUGCUUACAUUUGUGUAUUAAAACACACUUUACGUUUCCAACAACACACCAAAAUAUUUCAAGUAUUCACUUGCAAACUUUUCCAGCAAUACCCCUUACGCUUAACAAAGCAAUAAGCAGGAUUGCGUCAAACCAAAUAACUAUGGACGCAGAUGCACCUAUGCCAACGCCUGCUAAUCGGUCGGCUAUCAAUGUGCCGCGACCUGGGGUUACUCCAGCGCCGCGAUCUGUAACUGCAACCGCUCCUACAGCCGCUCCUCGAAGUAGCGCGCGACCGUCACCAACAGCAAACAGGGAACCGCAGCGCGUCCGGAGCAUCAUUUGCCGCCGCCCUCACCGACUACAACACUGCAACUUUCUUAGAGGCAUGCAACCGAUGCAACGCCAGCAAAUUGCCCAGGCUCAUGGGCAUUGUCUCAAUUGCUUGACAGCGGCACAUAACACUCAGGAGUGCACGUCCGUCAAUCUGUGCCAAAUAUGUGGCAGGUUGCAUCAUACGUUGCUCCAUCGCAACCCGAGACGUGACAUCGGUCGGCCGCCUGCCCCGCGCAGCCGCCCUCCAAGUAGACAACCACUAUCUACUCGGGCAAUACAGCACCGACGACCAGCAGCCCCUCCUGUGUCCCGAUUAAGGAGCCACCGAAACGAAGCACCGAUGAUGCGCCGGCACUCUAUGCCGCAAUAUCGCCGCUCUACGGGACUGAGCAACGUUGUAGCAACGCUGCAACAGCUGCAACGACUCUUAGGCUAAACAUUCGCCUAGGGGGGCCGGGAUGGCAAAAUGAGCUAUAAGCCUUCCAGCAAACAUCCCUGCACAAGCACCACACACCACUUCACAAGCAACACUGAUACAUUCCAACACACCACACAAUACCAUCCACUCCUGA